GCCAUGUUUUAAGGUUGUGAGACUGUGAGAAUAUAUUGUGUAUAUAUGGCAUUGUAUAUAUUAGAAAUAGGUAAGAAUAAGGCAAGGUUGUGGUGUAAGUAAACAGGAAACUUUGUAUUUCCUUUUUCAAUCAUAGAUUUAGGUAUGUCCCAUGGGUAACAAUAUUUGAGAACAUUUUGAGGAGCCCUGUACUCAUUCAUUGUACUUAUUUUGCAUAAUCAGAGUCCAACUUUUGAAAGUCCUAGAGGCAGAAAAGUGUACUGCAGAAAGAACAAGGCAUGGCCUUUGCACAUGUAGUAGCUGCUGUUUUUUACAUUGAUCACAUGGCGCCACUGGUGUUAUUUGCUGAAUGCCUUGGAGCCUCGCGUUUAAUGGAUGCAUGCUCGUGGUUCAUAGAUCAGUGGAAGGGAAAGCAUGAGACUGGACAGUGGCUUGAAAUUGAAGCAGCAGAAGCAAUGUACAACAGAUCAGACUUCUCUGCCAUGAAUGCAUCAGGCAUUAUGCUUUCUAGCAUGGCCAACAAACAGAAUGAAUCACAUGGUGACUUGGCUUCGGAGGACAAUGGAAAAGCAGCCAUUGAUGCAAGUGCAGGCGACAAAACCGUGACUGAUGCUAAUGAGGAAAGAGCAAUUGUUCUUUACAAGCCUGAUUCGCAUCCACCUGAGGCAAAUGGUUCCAUCGCACAGGAAGGAAAUUCAAAGUAUAUUCUAGUGCUACGAGUCCAACUUUUGAAAGUCCUAGAGACACAGAGAAGUGUACUGCAGAAAGAACAUGGCAUGGCCUUUGCACGUGCAGUAGCUGCUGGUUUUGACAUUGAUCACAUGGCACCACUGGUGUCAUUUGCUGAAUGCUUUGGAGCCUCGCGUUUAAUGGAUGCAUGCUCGAGGUUCGUAGAUUUGUGGAAGGGAAAGCAUGAGACUGGACAGUGGCUUGAAAUUGAAGCAGCAGAAGCAAUGUCCAACAGAUCAGACUUCUCUGCCAUGAAUGCAUCAGGCAUUAUGCUUUCUAGCAUGGCCAACAAACAGAAUGAAUCACAUGGUGACUUGCCUUCAAAGGACAAUGGAAAAGCAGCCAUUGAUGCAAGUGCAGGCGACAAAACCGUGACUGAUGCUAAUGAGGAAAGAGCAAUUGUUCUUUACAAGCCUGAUUCGCAUCCACCUGAGGCAAAUGGUUCCAUCGCACAGGAAGGAAAUUCAAAAGUCCAACUUUUGAAAGUCCUAGAGACACGGAGAAGCGUACUGCAGAAAGAACAAGGCAUGGCCUUUGCACGUGCAGUAGCUGCUGGUUUUGACAUUGAUCACAUGGCACCACUGGUGUCAUUUGCUGUUGUUGGGAGAGAUUCAACUGAAGCACAAGACGGGAGGAUUACUGAAUUCCAUAAAGCUAGUGGAAACGUGGCUCGGAUGUUGAGGGCAUCAAAUGAUGAAGGGUUAAUUUCUAGAGGAGAGGGUCAUUAUGGAGAUGGUAUAGGAUCAACUGAUGACCAAAUGGAUAUACAAUUUACAGAAACAAAUAGAAGAAAGGUUUUGUAUAGGAACAAUGCAAAUGAUGAUUUUAUGAUUGUUGGACGAGAAAACCAAUCACAUUUUUUGAGUUCAUCAGAUCCGCUGGUUGUAAAUGGAUUCACGCGUGCCACCAAUAAUUUGGAUGGGAGUUCACCACAAGAUAUGAUUGAUGAAUCCUUCAUAGUUCCAUUCCAGUCAAUGUCACUAGAUCAUGUUGGAACUAACGAUAGAACUGCUAUUGACAUGGAUUCUGAGCUUCCUUCAACAAUGUAGAGGUCAGAAUAUAGUUCUAAUAGGACUGGAAACCAAAUUAACUAUGAGUCAGAUGAUUUGAGCUUCAUGCCUGAAUGCGGGACAGCAAAAAUGACUACUGGAUAUGACCCUGCUUUGGACUAUGAAAUGCAGGCUCAUGUUGAAGAUGCUGCUUCACUGGAUAACAAAAAUAAGGAAGUUGUAGUAGAUGUCAAGCAAGGGUCCAAGAAGUCAGACAAGGAUCGGAAGUCAAAAUUUGCUCCAGAUGCUUUAGAUAAGAAGACUGUGGGACCAAUAAGAAAAGGGAAAACUUCAAAAAUGCGUCCUUUGGAAGAUGCACGAGCUCGUGCUGAAAAACUAAGAGCUUUCAAAGCUGAUAUCCAGAAAAUGAAGAAAAACAAGGAAGAGGAAUAUCGCAAGCGACUGGAAACUUUGAAGAUGGAGAGGGAAAAGAGAAUUGCAGCAAGAACUGCUCAGUUGGCAUCCUCACAGAAAACCCGAAAACAAUUGCCAA